AUGGCUGUUAUUGUGCUUCUCGACUGUCUUGAGACUUACCGAUGCACUGGUGCACUUCAGGCCUGUCGAGGCACGCUGUUGGAUUCGGGCACGUUGGUGUCAACUGACAGCUCCUGUGGACCAGGUGACUCGGAGACGCUCAGCAGUCUGCGACGCAUUCCCAUUGAGGCUGACCUCCUUGUGGCCUAUGCCGUCCAACCUGGCAAGUGCUAUACUUUCCUCCGGUAUUGCCUUUUGCUUGUUCUCGAGGCUGUGCCCGUAAUAACUGCUCCACAUCAACACAUUGGUACAGCCACGAUGCAUUGUUCGAAGGUUUCAUGA